AUGGCAGCGGUCUCGAGGUUUAGAUACAAGAAAAGAAAUACACAGAAGAGCACGAAUGGAUUGAGCUCAGCGAAGACGGCAAGACAGGUACCCCCACCCUGCCCCUCUCCGAUAAGCUGUUCAUCCUCUACACAUUCAGCCUCUUCUAAUACAACCAAUGUCUUAGGCACCAUCGGCGUCUCAGUCUACGCCGCCAAAAACCUUGGUGAUGUUGUCUUUGUGGAACUCCCCGCCCUCGACCUUGAGAUCAAAGCCGGCGACUCCAUGGGGGCUGUUGAAUCGGUCAAGUCGGCAUCGGAUAUCUUGUCGCCUGUGUCGGGAAAGAUCAUAGAAGCGAACGAUGUACUGCAAGAGAAGCCAGGCACUAUAAAUAAAAGUCCGGAAGGAGAGGGGUGGAUUGCGAGGAUACAAGUGAAGGAUGGAGGGGAGGUGGAGAAGUUGAUGAGUAUGGAUGAGUAUGCGAAAUUCACUGCGGAGUAG